UGUGGUUCAUAUUGUGUUGUAGGAAAUCACUCUAGUCACUUUCAAUUUCUUCUGUCUGUAGUUGUAAGAACAUGGCUGGGUGUAUCGAUGACCUAUCAAAGUCAAUGGGAGCCCUGUUUACCAGUGAUGAUGACCAUUUGAAGGAACUCGGACUGACCGAUGCCAAGCGUGCUAAGCUACGUGAAAUUGAAAAUUAUUACGAGAGUGUCUUUUCGUGGGACGUCAAAAAACUAACGAACUUCAAAUCAAGUCUCUUGAUCGACCAUAUCGAUCAUAUUCAGGAAAAAUAUGAAAUGCAUAUAGCAUGUUACAAGAAAGAUGCGUUUGAUUUGAAAAGAUUUUGUUUGCAACUGAUCAUAAGUUAUGAACUAUACAACCGUAAAAAUUACGAGAAAUCGUUAUUGGAAAUCGAGAGCAUGUUUCUUUAUUUGAAAUCAUGUAAAUUUGACGAUUCCAACAAACAGUAUUCAGAAGCUUAUAAACAUAUUGCUUGGUCUACAUAUACAUACAUAUCCUUAACGUUAAAUCGUGAUUCUGAAAAGAUACUGAAAAAUGUUAAACCCGUUAAUGGUUUAAAUCAAACAGAAAAAGCGGCAAUAUGUGGUCUUAAAGCCUUGAUAUUUAUGGAAUAUCCACCAAAGGGGAAUGAUAUUGGUUUAAAACUUGCUGAAGAAGCUCGCAUUCUUGAUUCUUCUGAAAUUGAAUGGAUAAAGAUUUGGUUAAAAGCCAAAGGACGAGUAAGACGUUUCUAUGAUAUGCUUAAAAUUCCUGAUGAAGAUGAAAUUCAUGCAGCAGACAUAUUAUGCACUAAAACAAAUCCACGAGAUUUGAUCGAAGCUUCUGACUUGUACAUAAAUGUAGCCUCCUCUUAUAAACAAGACAAAGAGAAAGCUCGAAAAUAUUUCAAGAUCUCGUCAGAUGUUAUAUUGAAAGCCAUACGAUUUUCGGAAAAUAACGUACAUGAACUUUGUUCUUGUUUAAUGGCGAGUAACAGAUGUCCUAUAAUGUUCCAAUCAAAAGAGGUAAAAAAUAUAGUUGAAAAAUUGACUAAUAUUAAAAAUGGCCAGUUUGAUUUAGCUUUGGGACAGUAUUUUUUUAAGCAAGAAAAAGAUUACGAAAAAGCAAAAAUGUAUUUUUCUCGUGGAAUGGCUGUUGGAAACUUCGAUUGUUCAUUAAAUCUUAUAAAAACUCAGUGUAUCGAGUCAUCAAUUGAUGAAUUUCCUUUUGUAAAUCAGCUAAAAAUGAUAUAUGACGUUUUUCCAAGCCCAAAGAGGAGGCUUAUAAUUUUAUUACAAAUAUUGUAUUUUUAUUUUUAUCAUGAAGAUAACCCAAGAGAACUAAUGCAUUAUUUAAAAUUAUACAUGGAUCAAGAAAUCGAAGAUAAGAUUAAAAAACAACAGAUAAUUAAAGGAAGUCCAUUUUUCAAGAAGCCUAAAUGUUAUGUUAAAUAUAAUGAAUUUUUAUCUAAUUUACUUAAAGAAGUGAAACAUUUAAUAAAACACCCUCAAUGGACUGAAGAAGAAAAAUGUAUUAUAAAUGAUACAUAUGUUCGGUGCUAUAAAAUGUCAAGAGUUAACUUAAAUGAAAAUGAGUUUGUUGAUGAUGGUCAAAUGUUUUUAAAUAAAAAAAACGAGGACCGUUAUAAUAAAAACCCGUUAAAAAAUAGCAAUAAUGAUAGUUGGCGGAAAAAACGCAACGUACAUAAAAAUUAUGAUGGACAAUAAUUUCAAAAUAAUUAUCGUCUUUACAAUAUCAUUACACAUGCAAAUUUGAAUUUUUAAUUUCUCAAAAUAUGAUUAUUCAUUAAGAAAUCAAAAUUUAUCAUCUGAAAAAAUGAAAAAUAAAAUUG